AAGCAAAGGGGCUAGAGCACCAGUUAAUGCUGCAGGAAGCAGGCCAUGUGUAGAUCAAAAGCAUCCAUUUCCGCUUUCACUUUGUGGCUUUAACAAAUGCCCAGCUCCAGCUCUAAAGCUCUUCCACCUUGUAAAUUCACCCAACACAUGCAUCAACGCAACGCAGCUGGUCCAUCUCUAGCCAUCGCGCAUUUAAUUGCUCAGACCUGCUCCAGUUCUUGGCUUCUAAAGGAGGAGGAAGAGGAAGAAGGAGAGGCAAAUCUUAAGGGAAGAAUGGGGAGGUCUGGAUGUCUCGUCAAGCGAGUCUUCUCGCGGAGUCGCACUUCAAAGUGCCAGCAUGAAAGGAGCAUGUUGCUUGAGAAGAUCAAAUGGAGUGCCAUUAAACUCUACCUCUGCGGGGAAGAAUUCAGCUCUGUUCUGGUGGAGGAUGAUUUGGCCUCUUGCAAAAGCUCCGAAGAGAAUGGAGAUCGUCGAGCAGUCCAAGUGGAAGACGGCAUGGAUGGAGAUGUUUCUGCAAGAGAACGUGCUGCCAUUCUUAUCCAAGCGGCUUUUCGAGGGUUCCUGACGAGGCAGCAAUGCAAGAUGCACGACGAAGGCAACGAUGCUCGGUCUCUGGAGUGUAAGACAUUCGAGAACACAUCGAUCGAGGUUCAAAUGGGAGAUUCCGUGUGUAUUUCAAGCGAUCACGAAGCAAGUAUCAUCACGCUGCAGAACCAUGCCCAGCGAAGAGCUAGAUCUCAAGUGUUCAAGCCAAAGGAGGAAUGGGACGACAGCACUCUCAGCAGCAGCAUCUCCAAACUGAGAAUCCAAAACAAGCUCGAAGCGACGACCAGACGAGAAAGAGCUCUUGCCUAUGCCUUCUCGCAGCAGCUGAGGACUUGCAUGACGAAGAGAAGAUCAGCGAAACCGAACCCGACCGAGCUGAACUUGGGGUGGAGCUGGCUAGAGAGAUGGAUGGCCACACGCCAGCAAGAACACGCUUCGGAAUUCAGGCAAGCUUCGAGUGUAGUACAGAGGAGGAUGGUCAUCAGAAAGAGAUCCAACGCGGCAGUGGAGGAAAAGGAAAGCUGCGGCUCGAACGAUGUGUCAGUGAACUUCGAUGCAUCUUCAGUAGCUUCUCAGAAUCCCAGAAAUGGCUGUCAACCAACUAGUAGAAGGAAGUCCAACAGCAAAAGAAGUGCCUCAAGGAGGAAAAUAACGGCAAGCAAUCACAGUGCUCCUCAUUCAAGCAGCAAGAUGAGCAAAAGGGAACAUGUGGAAGAAGAAGAAGAAGAAGAAAGUGAGACGACAGGCAAGCAAGGGAAAACGAAGAGCAGAGAUGCUUUUGAGCCUCCAUCAGAUUACCAAUGAACCAUUCUGAAGACAUGCUUAGUAGCUACACUUGUGUAUCACUCAAUAAAUUUGAUCCUUGGUUGGCAACUCUUCGUGUAACUAAAUUAUCGAUAAGGUGCAUUGCUUAGAGAAUUGCUACAAUAUUAUUUUUGCAAAGGUGCACUUAGAGUUGAGUGAGAAUUCUGCUUGCAA